AUGAGAUCCAGUCCUGGCAACAUGGAAAGGAUAGUUAUCUGUCUGAUGGUCAUCUUCUCGGGGACAGUGGCCCUUAAAUCAAGUUCCCAAGGACAUGAUGGUUUCAUGAUUAGAAUGCGUCAACUUAUAGAUAUUGUUGAUCAGCUGAAAAAUUAUGUGAAUGACUUGGAUCCUGUAUUUUUGCCAGCUCCAGAAGAUGUAAAGGAACACUGUGAGCACUCAGCUUUUUCAUGCUUUCAGAACGCUACACUCAAGUCAGCAAGUACAGGAGGCAAUGAAAAGAUAAUCAACAUAUUAAUUAAACAAUUGAAGAGGAAACUACCUCCCUCAAAGACAGGGAGAAGACAGAAACACAGACAAACAUGCCAUUCAUGUGAUUCUUAUGAGAAAAAACCACCACAAGAAUUCCUAGAAAGAAUGAAAUUAUUUCUCCAAAAGAUGAUUCACCAGCAUCUUUCCUAG